AUGGAAGCGCCGGAGGAGAAAGAGGCGCAGGUUGCUGCGUGGUUGAAAAAGAUGUUUGGAGAUCAUCCUAUUCCACAAUAUGAGGUCAAUGACCGGACCACAGAGAUUUUACAUCACCUUUCAGAACGCAACAGGGUCCGGGACAGGGAUGGCCACCUGGUAAUAGAGGACCUGAAACAGAAAGCAAGUGAAUAUGAAUCAGAAGCCAAGCAUCUUCAAGACCUUCUCAUGGAGAGUGUGAAUUUUUCCCCUGCCAGUCUCUCCAGCGUUGGUUCUAGGUAUCUGAAUGCUUUGGUUGACAGUGCAGUGGCCCUUGAGGUAAAGGAUACCUCAGUAUCUAGUUUUCUCUCUGCAGUGAAUGAUUUGACCUCUGACCUUUUUCGUACCAAAUCCAAAAAUGAAGAACUCAAGCUUGAAUUGUCAAAACUUGAAAAAAAAUUAACUGCAAGUUUAGUAUUAGAAAAAUGUCUACGAGAGGAUCUCAAGAAGACAGAGUUGCAACUGUCUGCAGAAAGGGCCAAAGUUAACAAUCGUCUUCAGAACAUGGACUUCCUAAAAGCAAAGUCAGAGGAGUCCAGGUUUGGAAUCAGAGCUUUAGAGGAGAAACUUGCAGCCAGAGGCAUGGAGGCUUCUCUGUCUCAUCAGUCAUUAGUGGAGCUUUCAGAGAAACUGGAAGAACUAAAACAACAGACUAUACCUUUGAAGAAAAAAUUGGAGUCCUAUUUAGAUUUAAUGCCGGAUCCAUCUCUUGCUCAAGUGAAAAUUGAAGAAGCAAAGCGAGAAUUAGCUGCUAUUGAAGCUGAACUCACAAAGGAAGUGGAAAUGAUGGAACUGUGA